AUAAUAUUUCAAGUUUCUUUUCUUAAGUAUAAAGUUCACAUUUAUAUUCAUAUUACUUGAAUGAGAUAUUACAAUAUCAAUCAAACGACUCUUCAUUUUCUUUGUGAGCUUAACUCGUUUUAUCUAAUUUUCAUUAAUGGCGACCCCAUUUCAUUAAAAACUGCAAUUUUGUUUGUCAUCUCGUCAAUCAUUUUUGAAUUAAUCAUACAAACUUACAAGACGACACAUUAGAAACAACCUAUUAAGGAUAAAAUACAACGAAGAGACAUUGAUUUGCCAUCAACAUUAUAUAAUUUAAUCUAAUAAUACUCGACAAUACAACAAUUACUCGAAAAUGUAACGGAAAAUUAAUUAAAACAAAUUCAGCUCACGAACAAAGUCCCUUGAGGUCACUUCAAUGUCAUUCUACUUCAUAAUUAAUUUCAUAAUAACGUAUACUUCCUAUAAAAAUACAAAGAAACAAAAACCUAAUACAUCUCAAUUCGAUUAAUCCUUUAGAAUGAUGCUCAAAAUUCAUAAUAAUCGGAUAAUGCAUUACUAAAAAAAAAAAAAAAGGAAAAAAAAAUAUCGUUCGAAUAUCGUUCGCUGAAUAAAAUUUAUUAACAAACAAAAAUUUCACUACGGCGAAAAAACGAACAAGUAUUCUCUAUAAUUUGUUUGUCUAUUAUAAAAAGGGGUUGCCUCGAGAAACACACCGCACUACAGAGAGAGUAUGCAGACGCGUAUAAAUACGAACGUGGGCGGCCAUUCGAGAGGAUACGCGCGCCAUAGUGUUUCCACCGUCUAUUUUCGACGAGAACAGGAAGAGCCGUCUCUUUUCCACGGUUAUCGUGCGCCACGCGCAUGCCCCUUCGAGCGUCGGUGUUCGAAGCCUGGCCGUGUGUCGUUGUAUUCGUUGUAAAUACCGAAUGCCGAAUGCUCGCUACCGAAAAUAAUCACGCGAGGACGUUGCUGCGAUUUCGGACCGCUACUUCUUCCGCGGCCCUCCCGACACCGCCAAAAAAUGCAUUCCCAACGUGAACCUUCGAGAUAUUCGCGCUCAGAGAGUUAAUUCCAUCGUAUCCCGUCCUCCCACGAAACAAUAAAAUUCGAUGUAAUGGUAAAAUAUCGAUCCUGUGCGCGCGUGUUAGAUCAACAGAAAUGAAGGAUCUGUCGAGCAUGUUUCUAUCGAUAUGCGAAAGACGCGAGAGAGAGUGGAAAAUGUAGGAAAAAUGCUUCACGAUUCCUCGACUUUUUAAGCAAGUACAGUGAAUUCAAGUUCGGUUCUACGUGUUGUAAAUGUAGAUAAUAGUAUUUUGGAAUUGUGUAAUUCGUUGUACGAAAGUUAUAUGGUGAUCUUUACGAUGAUUUAGUGAUGUGUCAAAAAUUUAAAAAUAAAAUAUAACAGGGAGAGAGGUGUAUUUGAUAUCGUUUCUACGACGAUGCGCGUUUGAUUUAAAAAUAAAUAUAAAAUAGACUCGAACAAACCUCGUUACACAGUAUUAUUACAUCUCAGCGUUUCCCAAUUCUCUACGAAAAAUAUCCUUAUUUACGAAUAUCGAGGAUUCUCAGUGGAAUUCACCUCGUGAAAAAAUAUCGUAAAAUUCCAUCCUCGGAGAAAACAGUGUUGGGAAACACUGAAUCACAUGUUUACACGCGAAUAUAUUAAAUUUUGGCGCGGAGGGUGGCUAAACUCGUAUCUAAAUCCGCGAAAGGAAAAGAAGAAUGUACUCUAAAAUUAAACUCAACUCCGAUAUAUUUAGAGCAUCGAUAACACAAUCGAGCGAGAAAAAAAAGUAAAUAUAAAUCAUCCAUAUACAUAUAUGCAAACGCAUAGAACCAGAUGGCUGAGAAUGAGAAAUUUGGCGAUCAAGCGUUUGGGCAUGAGAGGAACGGGAAUCGGGGAUCGUGCGGCCGCAACAGCGAACAAAGAGCGCAACCGAGGCCCACGACGAGGCCACGCAAAGUGGAGUGCGAGGGCGAGUUGCCGGCGCCACCGCCGGAUCCGUGGGCCAAUCUCUGGCCCAGCCUGCACAACAAUUCCCGCGACCAGCAGGUGGAGGCGGGGAGGAACAGCCGGAGCCUGGACGAGGACGAGGACAUGAUCGCCUACUUGACGGACGAUCUCGGCUCGCUGCCGCCGUUCGAGGGGCGAACCCCGUCGGGGUGCCCCUCGAGAAAUUCUGCCGUGUCCGCGAUGGCUAUUUCAAGCGUUUACGCGGAAGACGCUUUCGAGCAUUUGGACCGGUUGUACGCGUUCGUGGACCAGAUUCUCGAGCUCAGGGAUCGAAACGCGAAGUUUUUCAAGCGCGUGAGGAAUCUGGAACGGUUGAAGGUGUUGAGGGACGCGAACCAAAAGUUGGAAUACGCUUUCGCGCGCGGCAACGGGGCGGCGACGGCGGGGAGCGCGUGCGAAGAGGACACCGGGUUCGCCGAGUCGUUGCUCGACGCUAUGCUGUCCAAUUGCAGGGAUUCCCCGUUCCAGAGGAGGGGGGCGAGGUCGGGUCCGAGGCAGGCAUCGAGGAACAACAAAUUGGACAUCGACGUCAAGCAAACGUCGGCGGACGAGAUUUCUGGAACCGCGCCCAAGGUCUCCAAAUGGACGAGAGUUAAGGCCGCGUUUAAGUGGGAAAGGGCUUACACUAACGACACCGAGAACACGGAUUCGGGCAUGGCUCCCCCCUCCUCGUUGUCCCCGGCUAGCAAGCAGAAUCAUAGGAAUCAUGAUGUCGAUGCCAGGGAAUCGAGCAACACCGCAACUUCGUCGCCUGUUAACGAGAAUUGCAACGUGGGAACGCCUGUCGCUCGAACCUCUUCGCCCUCUUCGUCCAACGAUGGAUUUUACGAUUGUCAAAAAGUUGGAACAAACCAAGUGGAUUGCCAAUCUUUAAAGAGAAAAGCUAAUAAAAAAGCGGAUUUUGCAAAUUGGCAUAGCGAAUCCCUUGAUGAUAAUAUUCUUAUGGAUAGUUUGCAACCCCAUGAGACAGAAAUAACAAAUGAGGCUAGCCAAGGGAAGCCUUUAAUACGAAUCACAUCGGACAAGAGUGACGCGGGUAAAAUGGAUGAGAAGGAUGUAGAAUCGAUAUCAAAAAGAUCAACUCCGACAUUAACGAUUGCAAUACCUUCGCACGAGGAGGAUAUAAGAUACACAUCGUCCCCAGAAUCGAGCUCACCGCUCUUUUUCAACGCGAACGCCUCUGCCGGAAAUUCUCCGCAACACAGGAAAACGUAUCGAGACCAAUCUGUGAAGAACGAUUUUAAACGACAGCAAUCGUACGGUGGAGAAACAUUGAUGUCGAAGAUGCAGAGGCAAGACUCGAAAUGGAACAAGGUCAGGCGAGCAUUUCUAACGAAUUCAACCCCAAACGUGCCAUCGAACCUCAACGUUCCCAGACAGACGCUCUUUCAAGAUGGUUUCGAAACUUCGAUAAGUAGCAAUUACGACAGCGUGGAAAAUAUGGAGAAAACGACACCUUCCAACACACCGUCGCAAGACACGAGACAAGAUUACCGCGCCCUCAGAGAGAAACUGGGAACCGAAUUCCAUCAAAAGUUGAUCGAGUGGGAGCGUUUAAAAAAUUUUCCACCCCGUGUUUCCACGAAAGAAACCUCCUCGAAUUUACCGAGUCCUCGAGAAAGCUUGCUGUCGGAAGAAAGAUUAGCACCCGAGUUCAGGAAAAAAUUGCAAGACUGGAAACGCGCCAAAAAAAUACGAAGAGGAAGUGCCCCAUUUGUGCUGCAGCAGAGGCUGAAUCGACGUCGUUUAACGGAUUGGCAACUUUGGAGAUCUCCUUUGAAAACCGAAUUCAGAAAUAAAGAAAUCUUCAGUUUCGCUGGUGGUGAAAGCGGAGAGACCGUGAACGAUGGGAGAACGCAAGUUUGUGAGGAUUAUCCGAGAAAAAUGGAAUCUUGGAAGAGAACGAACGAGAGUAAUUGCGAUGCGAAAACUCAAACACGUACCAAGUCACAAUUUGGGAUUGCGACUGGAAUCGACGAAAGCGAGUUUCUCGCUUUGGAAAGGUUACUGUCGCUUUUCAACAAUAAUACGAGUAAGGAACGACGAGACAGUGAUGUUCAACAAUUGGACGAGUGCUUCGAUGGGGAUGCAAGAUCGUAUGCUGAUGGAACACAAAAUUUAAAUGACACCAACGAAGUUUUCGUUCGAACAUCUGUUGGAUCUUACCGAUUCGAAGGUAUUUCGCGAGAAUUCACAAGAAAAUUGUACGACUGGGAGCAAUAUCGUGGAAUAUCACCGACAUCUUCGACUUUCCGCCUUUUAGGACCUUCUUACAUACCAUUCUUAAGACAGACAACUAUGGAAACAUCGACGGAUAAUUCACCGAUAACAAAAAUUGGAAGCGACGAGCCGAUAUCGUUCAAAGUCUGCUCUUUGAAGAGGUCGAAAUCUGUUGGCAAUGUGGUCGAGCAAAAUGAUCGAAAUGAACUCUUCAUACGCCGUUUGAACAGUCUACAAUCAUUGGAUCAUCUCGCGAACAGGUUAAAAGAUACUGAUCGCAUAAAUGAUUUACAAGAAUCAAUCGAUCCUCAGAGAUCAGAGGACAUAGUCGAAGACAUAAUGGACGAUUCGGAGCCGGAAGCAAUGAUCGUCGACAUCGAAGACGUGAUCGAAGAAACUGCGAGUCCCCUGGAAAGGGUGCAACCACACCAAACACCCGUGUACUCGGUUGCAGCGAGCGAAACGACGAGUAUCGCGGUACCAUUGGGAACUGUUACAUCCAGUCACGAACCAUCACCGGUAUUCUUAAUAGAAAUAGAGGAAAAUUCGGAUUCGAAACGGUGGGAGUCGAAAAAAUGGAAUCAAAGGAAAAGUGUCUCGAGCGAAGACAGUUUGAGCCUGGAACAAUCCGAAAUGGCGAAAUCUUGGGACAACGAGAGAAAUUCUUCGAGUAACGUGGAUUCGGAGCAUUGGUCCUCUGCAAGCUCGUGGAGCAAGAGGGAAAUGUUUGAUGUGAAGGAGAACGUUGAUAAUUCGGAUCGAGAAUUGGAUAAAGAUUCAGUGAAAUCGAACAGCUCGAUUUAUUCGACCGAUGUGGAUACGGAAUUUAACGUUGUAAACGAGGGAAAGGAGCAGAAUCAGGUUAAUUUUGAGAGAGAAGAUGUUCCUGUAACAUUACCUGAAAAGGAAGAUAGACUUGAAAGGAACCUGAAGGAAUCUGAUCCACAAUCAAAAGUAGCGACCUGUCGAUACAAUCAGGAGUUAUCGAUUGAGAAGGAACAAGAAUAUGAUUAUCAACAGAUAGAAAAGGAUGAGAACAUCAAUGAUGAAAAAAAUCUUAUCGAAACUUCGAAAUCCAACAACGAAUAUGAAGAAAUAAUCGUGACCAGUUCUUUUACGAAUUUGCAAUCAAUGGAAAAUUAUAACGAUGAAACGGCUAAGAAUUUAUUAAAAACAUCGAUUAAUUGUAAAUUAGAGCAAACCAAGUUUGCAACGCGUGACGUAGAUCGUUUCUACACCAAUCAAGAUCAAAAAAAUUCCAAAAAAGCUGAAGAAACUUAUACCGUAAUCAGAGAUGAAUUACUCGACAGCGCUCAUCGAGACUUAUCCAAAAUAAAAUUAGACACGAAUCGUUAUGACUCAUCCAAACCGUGCACCAAUUAUCCAACCUACGAAAAAGAAAACGAUCGUUUCAACGAAACAACAAGAAGUUCACAAUCCGUCGAAAGAAAGAAAUGGCAAGAAUAUCGUAACACCGAAACUGCUUCGCCUUCCUUGUUAUCGAGUCCCUCCUCGUUCGAACGUCAUCGUGAGCCAACUAUUCAAACAACUGCAUAUACGGUAGCGCCAUCUCGCGACCAACGUUGCUUCGAGAGAAUCGUGAUCAACGAAGAAACUCUGAACAAAAUAGUCGUACCCACGGCGACGGGCUGCGUGGAGAAAGCAAACGUCUCGAGAUCGCCGAUAGAGCGAGCACCAAUCGAAGAUUCGACGGAUGAAUAUCGAUCGAGCAACGAUCGUGACGUUCCAAUCAAUCGAGAAACAAGUGCUAAAAAGCAAAUCUCCAAUUCAUCGACCAGAAACGUUUUCAUCAGGACGAAACGUAUAAUAUUCUCUCCGUUCCGACGUUCGGAAGAUCACUCGUCUGGUAAAAAGGAGAACAACAGUAGCGAGGAUGAUCGCGUGUUUCCUACGAAGAGCAAAAGCAAGUCGAGGUCGGGAUCGCCUAAAGUAAACCGACAAGACGCCCUCUUGAGGAUGUCUCUUUCGUUACCGUGGCCCCUUCGCCCAUCCUCGAAGGAUCGUGACACGAAGGAAACGAAAAUCGAAGAGGAACGGGCCCCAGUUAAACAGAAACAAAAUUUCAAACGGUGCAAGUCUGUGGAGAGCUCGAGGAAAUCGUCCAUCGGCGAUAACAUAUUCCAAACGAGGCGAGACAGAGACUCGAUCGAAUUUAAAAAUUCUACGAACGAGAAGAAGAACGAGAGAGGGAGUGUCUCGGUGCAAACAGAGAUUGCAGGUGAACGAGAAAAUCGAGCUUCCUUUAGAGUCAGCUUGCCCAGCUUAAAAACUGAAGAGAAAACGAAAGAAAAUUCUUCUUCUUCCUCCCCCUCCUCCUCCUCUUCUUCCUCUUCUUCCUCCUCGUCUUCUUCGAGAUUCGACCCACAAUCUUCGGAUCUUAUCCACAAACUGACGAUUCUGUCGAAUGCAGUGGCCAGAAGAGACGGCAGAACCAACACGAUCUCCGAAGAAUCGUCCCUGGUCGAAUCACACUCGUUGAGAGUGCGACGAGCGAAAGAGGAUUUCUUGUCUCGUCGAGGUGGCCCGCUUUGCCAUUCCGUGUUGGAGCCUCCAUCCGUCAAACGCGAGGAUUCUCCAAGAACGUUCGUCCAUUUCUACGAGCAGAUCUCGGAAAAUCAAGAGAGAAGCGGCAAGCAGACGUCGAGUAGUGCAAAUUGUGCCCCAAAUUUGUUAUUAGACGCGUCGAAUGAAAAGGAAGGACAGCAACAGGAGGUGGCAACGAAAGAGAAGAGGAUGGAACAUUUUUUGAACGAUUACAACGAAUUGUCGAACGGUUCUCGACCGGAUCGUGUUAAAUCUGCCAGUGCUGGAAUGAUAAACGUGGAUCCGGACACGUUCGUGCGUUUGACCGAAACCAGCCGAGGAUGCGAGUCUCUUCCAAGAUCGAUCUCGAAGCAGCCUCAGCCGUUAGGAUCGCUCGCGAAAAUUGUCAAUAAAUUAAAGUUUACGAGAUUGAUACGCAACAAAGAUGCUCAGGAGGAGAAUAUGAGCACGAUCUCGAAAUUAUGUAGGCAGAGUUUGUUGAUCGACGUUAGAAACGAUUUUGACAAGUGUUGGGAGUCGAACGAUCGUGAAAAGGUUCCUAGAGGGGAUAGCGUUAAGAAAAAUAAGAAAAACGAAUGAUUGUGAUUUUUAAAUUAUACUUUUGAAUUGCAGUGAGAUUUCCAGUAUUCGAAUUAGUAAUUAUAUGUGUAUAUUUUAAUUGUCAUUCUUUUUUGUCGUAUAAAUCGUUCGAUUGUGUUGAUUUUGUAUCGUAAAUGGUGAAAAAUGUCUCGAUAAGAUACGUUUCUUGCAAUUUUUAAUGGCAUCUCCAUCGUUUUUUCUAUCUUCUAUCAAGAGAAUUGUAAAAUAAUUUUUGGAGAAUUGAAUCGUAGAAUUAUUUGCGUGAGAAAUUUUAUAAUUUUCCGAUAUAUUUCAAUUAGAUGUUUAAUAAAAUAUUUUAUUAUUAUCUUAUUAUUUGUCUCUUAUGUGGAAAAAUCGAAAAUUGUCCUAUAGUAUUUUUCACUAUUACAUACAAAAUAAUUAGAAACAUAUAGAUACUAGAAUAUAGGGAAUAAAUGUUUGAAUAACAGAGGUAUUCUACUGUAUCGAAUAUAAUUGUAGUAAUUGUUGACGAAUAGUUGUACGAAAAAGAUUUUAAUAAUUUUUUUAAUAAUUAAUAACGAACAUUAGAAUAACGAAUA